GUACCGCUACCCGGCCCAAGCUCUUGUUUGCGGCUUAACAUGAUUGCUGCAUUCCCCAUCUUUGUCUUGUCUGUUUCAACUUCACCAACUUGAGUCAUUCCCUUCUGCUUCUUCUUCCUCUCCAUCUUCUUCUUCUUCUUCUUCUUCUUCUUCUUCAUCUUCUGUUCUCCCCUUCUUGUUGCUCGUCUAGAUUCACUCAUUCUGCUUCUGUUUAUCUAGCUUGUCUUCAAGGCUCUCUGCAGAUAGAGGACACUUCAGUUGUUGUCUGGCUAUGUAUGCCACCCCCCAUACAACACUGCCGAUUGUUACCUACCUAGCUUGGUUUGCUUCGAAAUAAAUAUCUACGCCAGCUGUUAGUUGAUGCCUGUUUAUCUCCACCAUACUCAUACCUAUCUAUCAGGAAUACAAGAGUCUACAGUAGCCUGUUUUUGACUAUUUGAGCUUGCGACUUGCCCUAGAGAGUUUAUCAAUUUUCUGCUCUACCGUCUUGCUAUAUGUUACAUUUUAUUCCGUGCAUCACCUUUUUAUAUUGAUGAAUGUGAAUGUCAUUUCAAGUUCAAUCAUCUCUCUUCUACUACUUUGAAUCCCCAGUUCUGUGUUGUCUCCGUGCAAAUAUCUUGAUCCAAGGAUCCCCGCAAACGUCGGGAUCAGCUCCCUUCUACCGAUUAUAGAGUUGAUAGCUAGCUGGUUAACCCCCUGCCUCGAUGUAUUCACCCAUUAAUGGCUUUGGCCCUUCAUUUUACGAGAAAAAGCCAAAAAAACCACCAAUACUAUGUCUUCCCCCGGAGACGCUCAAUGCCAUAUUUUCCUAUGCUUCCUCUUCGGAUUUGGUUAACCUUUCCCGCGUUUCAAAACCUUUCCAUGACCUCGCUGCAGCCCAGCUCUAUCGCUCCUUAAGUCAUGUUUUUGAUGAGCGUGAUCCAACGACAGGACAACUGACUUUGGGUCGUCUAACUGGUGUUCUGGAUACCCUGACUAUAAGUGACUACAACUACGCCGCAUAUAUCAAGGAAAUAUCCCUGGAUACAGUUCAGGACAAUCGUAUUGACGCAAGUGUAGCUUCGGAAUUCAAAUAUAGAUCUAGCUCUGGGAGGUUUUUGAAUACUCUACUACUCGGAACUAUAAAAAAGAUAGUGGCCCUGGAAAGUUUCCGGUGGAAUGUUCGUGUGGAGCUUAGUCCCGCUAUCUUCGCAACAUUAGGCAAGCACACAAGCCUCCAAAAUGUCCAUGUUCGAUUGCAAGAUGGGCUACCUACUUGCCCAUCUUCGCCAAUGCCACCUCUCUCCGGCUCAUUGUCGUUUGGCGCUCCUACUACUGCCUCUAUGCCGCCAACCACGAAUCACUAUCACUAUGAUAGUCACCACCACCACCAUCACCACCAUCAUCAUCAUCAUCAGCCACCGCCCCCUUCGGGUUCCGCGCAAGGCUUUUUGGCAAAUGCUGAUGUAAAACUAGUGAAGCGGUUGAAUAUUCGAAAGCUUUCUCAUACUGCCCGGAAUUUCUCUAGGUUUUCAAGUUUGAAGAGCUUGGCAGUUUUAGAUGUGGAUACCCUUGAUUAUGUCCCAGAAAUUGCGGAAUGCAUUUCAUCGUCGUCAACCACUCUUAAAACCUUAAAACUAUCUUUUUCGGAUACGCUGGCUCUCAAAGCUCGGAAGAAACCUGUGGAUCCAUCGGACGCGGAUACCGUACAAGAAGACGACGAUGGCGGGUUUUUAAACGGUCCUUUGAUGGCAUCUCCAGCGCCGCCUCCACCACCCGUAGGGUCGCAAUCAUUAUUCGGAAACCCGCCUACAACGAAUGAUGCUGGUGUGCGCCUUGAACGUGCUGCCCAGGAGAAGGCCCUUGCUCAAAUUUUUGGGCUGGAGAAAGGGACUGCUAUACAGCAGAACCUUGAGAGAAUUGCGGACCGUGCAAUUUCUAAUGCAGACAAAGAAAUCCAAGCGCUCGGGCCAUUGCAACAUGACGUAGAUCGAAUGUUUGUGGAAAAGCUGUCCGCAAUCGUACAUAGGCUAGAACGGAGCAAGGGCGCUUCCAGGGGCUCCAGCAUUUAUUUGAAGGCUCUUCAAAAGAUCGAGAGAGCAGCAGCCAUUUAUCUGGAGAGAAAUGAAGCCACAAAUGUCUAUCGGAAGGGGAAGAAGAAACCAUUCACUAGCCAGAAGCACUCUCACAAAGCACCACUUGCACAAGGCCCAGGUACACAAAAGCAAGGCUCACUAUUCGGAACUAGCGCGCCUCAAUCCCAAACUACAUUUGGCUUUGACCAAGGAACUCAUUCUAUGAAACAUCCUGGUCUGGUAUAUCCACAGUCAUCACAGUUCCCACCAUCGAACAAAAGAAUAUUUUACCCCUCGCAGGGAUCUUACCCUCCUGGAUCUUCAUGGACUACCCCGGGAUCUAUGCAUAAAAACAAUGCUGUACACCCGGGAAAGUCGGCCAAUGAUUGGAAGCCUACCGGUAAGGCCUUUGCGGACUACUCGUCAUCCCCAUCCGACGCCGGAGAGAGCAUUUUCAGUAAGUUCCAACAGGGUAUGCAUAAUGAAGAUCCUCAGCAGCCCGCUAUGCUUGAGCCGGAAGAGAAAGAAUUUGAGGAUAAGUUGCAGGAUAUGGUUGAUAUGGAGCACCCUGAUGAAGUCAACGAUGAAGAUGGUGAAGAUCAGGAGUUUCUUGACUUGAGUGAGAGCUCUGCGGAAGAUCAGGACCCAGUUCCAUUUUUGCAUGACAAGCCGAAAUUGUCCCAGCCUAAUAAUGUAUUCUCUUCUGAUGCGGAUGGGCAUGCAUCAGGCUCAUCAUAUAAAGGGAAACAGCCUAUUCGGGCUUCUGGCAAUUCUUGGCAUACUGGCUCGCCGACCUCUAUAUUGCAUCAAGAAAUCGGAGGCAUGGAGGAUACUGAAGACGCCAUCCAAGCGUAUAUUCGCCUACACCAUGGAAUCCCAGUGGAAAGUUUAUCUAUUCACCUGAUCCCUGUGAAACCAUCCAUACUUUGCCGAGCCGUCAAUCUUUCGGCACUGAAGCAUCUCUGUCUUCUGAACGUCGGACCACAACGGCCAUUCUGGGCCAUGCUCACUAAGUUACACCAGACCACUCCACUCCAAUUAACGUCAAUCCAUACAGAUAACGUCACACCGAGCUUUCUGGCGUUUUUGAAUGGCCUGAACUACUUAGAAGAGCUCUUCAUGGUGGAAAGGAGCAAUCGGUCAAAAGUCGAGUCCUUCGCACCCAAGACGGAAGUGGUAAUUGAAGACAUCAAGAAGCAGGUACUUACAAAGCAUGUGACACAUCUGAAGCGUUUGAUGAUUCGAAACGACAACGACUCGUCCUGGGUUUUGAAUAAAGAAGCCGCCCUGCUUGUUGGUCGACGCGGCUCGGCGAUAAAGGAGCUCGUUGUUGCCCUGAACUCGCCUAAUUUUCACGUGCUUAUGCUGAACAUGCACGGCUUACGCUCUCUUCGGGUUCUGCACAUCCUCUUUACCCAAAAUGAUUCCUGCUCAGGCAUGCUCCGUGAGAUCAGGCUCUGUGCCAUCGACAAUGUAAUCCAAUCCCCCCACAUGAAAGUAGAAUAUAUCGCCGUAAGUUAUGCGGUGAAAGAACCCGGAACAAAUUCCAUUUCCCGCCUAGAGUAUCACCCGGCUUCCUCCUCCCGCUCAAAAGAUGGGAGUAAAAAUGUGCAUUCACUAUACGACGAGGACGCGGAUGAGGACAGGAAUGGGGUUGGAGACGGUUUCGGCCAUCCCCCAUCAUCUACUGCUCAUCAUGCUUCUGGGAGCCUCAAAGGCAAGGAGAAAGAAGUGCAUUUUCCAUGGGGGAGCGAGGUAGAAAACUCCUAUGAUGAGGAUGAUGAGGAUUAUGAGUAUGAUGAUGAGGAGGAGGUAGGGCAUGGUGAGGUAACAGUUCAUGACGGGUUGAAGUUUCAUGAUAUUACCGGUGUUAAAGUUUGGCAGAAAGAGAUCUGGGAUUUGAAACUUUGAAUGUCGUCGACGUUGAUGGUGAGGAAGGUGAGGGAAGGCUGUGACAUGAUUCCGAUAAACAACCGAAUCCUUCCUUAUUGUCCUGGUUUAUGUUCUUCGUUACUGUUGUUUCGCUGCAAUUUUCUGUCCCCAUCGGUCCCUAAUAAUUCUGCUCCUUGGCUGCAUGUAACCCUGAAGAUAUUACCUACCUCGUAUUAUGCCAGAUUUUUGCCUGCCUCAUGUACUGUCUGUCUGCUUUUAGUUGAUUUGGUUUUAUUUUCGCUUUUUGAUUUCCCAGCUAGCUUGAAUUCUUCCUGCGGUUUCUUGCGACAACACUGGCUUUAGCAAUUCUGAAGUUACGCAAGCACCUGAGACAGCACGGAGAAUAAGUGAUAGAGAGGGAAAAUGAAUUGCACAUAUGAUGUGGAAGUUCGUGAUCUUAUGAAUCCCCGGGAAAAUGGAGAUCGGUUGGUGGGCUGAGUAUUGGGAUUGGGAGCAAAAGCACCAUUUUGUGUGCAGUGAAUUUUAGAUACUGGGUUCUCCUUUGAGUAUUCGAUGUUUAUGAGGUUUAUGAUAACGAGCCGUGUUUCCAAUAGAAGAGAUAUGAUGAUGAUUUUACGCUUAUUUAGACAAUGGAGUUUUGCUUGGAGCUUUGGUUGAUUGACUCCAUUUCAAUAUUUGCCCUUUUCGAUCGGCCUAACC